GGAAUAUCGUCAACUGCGUGACUGUGACUUGUACAUUCCCUUAGGGGACUUCAGUCGCCGUGCGAUUACACUAUUUCCAGUGUGUUUUACAACAUCGUCAAGUCCGUGACCAAAGCAACCUAAAAAUGGGCAACAUCACGCAGACAAUUUCGGUAAACUUCUAAGUGGUAUAAACGCUCCAUCGCAACAGUAACCACCAGUGUAAAGUCUACUGUAAGCGUCUCUGCGAGUCAAGAUGUUCUUCUAGUGGGCUGGUUUAUCGAGGGCAAGGAUGAUGUACGUAACCGAUUUGAUGAAAUUGGAUGUCUGCUGCUGAAUGGGAUUGAGAACAGCAGUGGCUAAGAGAGUUCUCGUGGGGUCUACUGUACCCUUAUAUAAAGGCCCACAGACAGACAGUUACGAACCAAAGCAGCCCAGCCUAACAGAACACUCUACUUCUCCACCACUUCCCCCUGUGGUUCCUCUGAGAGGGCCAAAAUCAGUAACCAGAUCGGUCCAACUGAAGAUGGAAACCCUGGAGUCCGAGCUGACGUGCCCGAUCUGCCUGGAGCUGUUUGAGGACCCGCUGCUGCUGCCUUGCGCCCACAGCCUGUGCUUCAACUGCGCCCACCGCAUCCUGGUCUCCCACUGCUCUGGUUCCAAACCUCUCGAGUCCGUCUCCGCCUUCCAGUGCCCCACGUGCCGCCACGUCAUCACACUGAGUCAGCGUGGCCUAGAAGGCCUCAAGCGCAAUGUGACGCUGCAGAACAUCAUCGACCGCUUCCAGAAGGCCUCCGUCAGCGGGCCCAAUUCGCCCAGCGAGAGCCGGCGCCCGGCCCGGCCUUACAGCGCCACGCUUGGCGGCGGGAGCUCGCGCGCCAGCCCGGCCGCCAACGGCACCGCUGGCACAGUCAGCACCAGCGGGGGCAGCGUCAUGUCGGCCGAGCACCGCGUAGCCUGCCAGUUCUGCGAGCAGGAGCCCCCACGCGAAGCCAUCAAAACGUGUGUGACAUGCGAGGUGUCAUACUGCGAGCGGUGCCUGCGCGCCACACAUCCCAACAAGAAGCCGUUCACCAGCCACCGUUUGCUGGAGCCCGUGGCCGAUGCACACCUCCACGGCCUGGCCUGUCUUGAGCACGACAGCGAGAAGGUGAGCAUGUACUGCGCCGUAGACGACCAGCUCAUCUGCGCCCUUUGCAAACUGGUGGGCCGUCACCGCGAGCACCAGGUGACCUCGCUCAGCGAGCGCUUCGACAAGCUCAAGGCUUUUCAAGUGAGCCCUGGCAGAGUAUCUGAAGCUGUAAUGGAGGCGUCAAAGACGAGCGCCGCGCAAACCCUAGAGAAUAACCUGACCAAUCUGGUGAAGAGAAACAGCGAGCUGGAGAACCAGAUGGCCAAACUCAUCCAGAUCUGCCAGCAGGUAGAGGUAAAUACGGCCAUGCACGAGGCCAAGCUGGUGGAGGAGUGUGAUGAACUGGUGGAGAUUAUCCGCCAGCGGAAGCAGAUCAUUGCCGUCAAGAUCAAGGAGUCCAAGGUGAUGAAGCUCCGUAAGCUAGCUCAACAGAUUGCUAACUGUAGACAGUGCCUGGAGCGUUCCAGCGCCCUCAUCACCCAGGCUGAGCAGAGUCUGAAGGAGAACGACCACGCUCGCUUCCUCCAGACAGCCAGGAAUGUGGCUGAGAGGGUUGCCAUGGCCACCGCCUCCUCGCAAGUUCUCAUCCCAGAUGUCAAUCUGAACGAGGCCUUUGACAAUUUUGCCCUCGAUUUCUCCCGAGAGAAGAAGAUCCUGGAGGGGUUAGAUUACCUAACAGCUCCUAACCCACCAUCCAUACGAGAAGAGCUGUGCACGGCCUCCCACGACACCAUUACUGUACACUGGACCUCUGAGGAUGAGUUCAGUGUCACGUCGUAUGAGCUCCAGUACACCAUCUACACGGGCCAGACCAACUUCAUCAGUCUCUAUAACUCAGUGGAUAGUUGGAUGAUCGUGCCCAACAUCAAGCAGAACCAUUACACGGUGCACGGCCUACAGAGUGGCACCCGCUACAUCUUCUUUGUCAAGGCCAUCAACCAGGCAGGCAGUCGCAAUAGUGAGCCGGCACGCCUCAAGACCAACAGCCAGCCUUUCAAGCUAGACCCGAAGACGGCCCAUAAGAAGCUGCGCCUGUCCAAUGACUGCCUGACCAUGGAGAAGGAUGAGAGCUCUCUGAAGAAGAGCCACACUCCGGAACGCUUCAGCGGCACAGGCUCCUAUGGCGCCGCUGGCAACGUCUUCAUCGACAGCGGCUGCCAUUAUUGGGAGGUGCUGCUGGGAGCCUCCACGUGGUAUGCAGUGGGUGUUGCUUACAAGUCUGCCCCAAAGAACGAGUGGAACGGCAAGAACUCGUCGUCGUGGGUGUUCUCGCGUUGCAACAGCAACUUCCUGGCGCGGCACAAUGGCAAGGAGGUGCUGGUGGAGGCGUCGCUGCAGCUGCGUCGUCUGGGUGUGCUGCUGGACUACGACAACAACGCACUGUCUUUCUACGAUGCCAUGAGCUCACAGCACCUGCACACGUUUGACGUCUCCUUCCUGCUGCCCGUGGCCCCCACCUUCAUGAUCUGGAACAAGUCGGUGAUGAUCCUCUCCGGCCUGCCCGUGCCCGACUUCGUGGACUGCCCCGAGCAGCAGGAAGUCGGGUGCCGGCAGCAGGAAUCUCCAUAUGGCUCCACUUUGAAGGGCUGCAACUAAAAUGUCACCCCCACAAAACCCCUCCUACACAUCAACAUAGACAAACACUCCCCUGGAACACUCUGCAGCUGGGGGCUGGCAGUCUCUUUCUUCCUCCCUCCACCUCCUCUCCCUCUAUUCAGACCUACUGCUGGCUCUCAUUUUUGUUCGAUAGGAUGCGAUAGGUGGAGCUUGGCUUGAAGAAUGUGCUUAGUUGGCUUUAAGAUUGUAGUUGCAGACAUUUGAGCUUGGUGACUAGUAGUCAUGGGUUAUGAGAUCCCUGUUGACAGCAGUUGAGAGGGGAUUUAAACAUGUAAAUUAUUUAUGAUGAUUUUUUUUUAUUGUAUCCAUAAAAGCACUUUCUAGAUUAAACAUAGUGCCCUUGGGUAUAAAAAGACUUGAUUCAGAACAGGGCGGGACAUCCUUUGGAUAGAAUAUAGUGGAUUUAUCUUCUAUAGAAAAAAGGAUAUGGUGUUUCUACUGAGGUUAACAUUUACUAUCUGAUGAAGCUACUUUUUCCUAUUCAGGGAGAACAAGGUGAUCCUUUAUUUUAUUUUUUUUGCAUUUUGUCUAGGCAUUUAUAGCAUGGUAUGUAUUUCCUCUGUGAUUUGUUCCCACUCUAUUGGUUUCAGGUUUUGUUUUUGUGAAAAGCAUGAUGGUCUCACUGGUGAUUUUUGACUUGUAUCUAUACUGAUCCAUGUAGUAUUUUUACUGGAAAACAGACCCCAUCUAUGGAUGUUUUCUUGCCAUUCACACUCAUGCCGAUUCAUAAGGGCAUUGUAGGUGAGCGGAAAUCUUUAAAGGACUAUUUUAGAACACAUUGUGCACUUUUUCAGUUUUGGAUUCAUUUGAACCAGAUGAAAGGAGGUUCAGAUUAUUGCGAUACUCGUAACUCAGCAGAUCAAUAGAAUGCUAUGUUUUCACAUCAUGGUUUUUAACAUUUUGUGAUUCACUUUCUGAAAAUCAUACAAAACGAAUGUGGCAGUGUUAUUUUCUCUAAAACCUCAACUGCCCUGAUUUAUUUAUUUCAUUCCUGUCUUGAGUUCAUGCCUCAUGUAUGUUCUUCCUCAGUAUGUUCAGGGAGGAAUCAGCAGGCGUGAUGUAGACAAUCACUUGUACUAAAGUGGCGAGAAGAAGACAAACAAAGGGUUGUGUAGCAAGACGACGUAUAUUUGCAAUAGUUCAUUACACUUGACGUCCUUCGUGGAGCAGAAGUGUGCAUCCUUCUGAACACUGUCCAGGCCGGAGAGCAGCCGUGCUGCUGAGGGCACUGUCCUGCUGCAGCUCCAGACCCGUCACUGGCGUCUCUCCCCUUCACUUUCUGAUCCUGUGUCCCCUUGGCCAAAUAUGCGCCAUUUCCCUGCUCUUUUAAGCUUUUUCUUUUGUACUGAAACCCCAAACCAUGCUUCCGAAUGAUUGGACCAGCACAACUAUGACAAAGACCUUUUCAGUCCAUCAAGGUUCAGCAAGGUUAUGUCAGGGGGCUGCUUUCUUGUGAAGAGCAGUUUCUGUGAGGUGUCACUCAUAUCAGAAAGACACAGAGGAUGCUGAUGUAGAAACCUGUGGAAAUGGAAAGUUGUUAGUCUCCAUUGUCACAAGAAUGCCUAGAGCCCACUUCUGUAUUCCAAACCUAGUCUCUCACGUUCUCUCUCUCUCUCUCUCUCUCUCUCUCUCUCUCCCUCUCUCCCUCUCUCUCUCAUAUAAUAUAAUUUUUUUUUUUUUUUUUUUUGAAGGGCUCAGCCAGCUUUCAGCUGACCUACAUAUCAUAUUAUAAUAAUGCCAGCUGAAAAAUAAAGAUGGAAUGGUGGAUUAUACACUUUGGAAAGCAACAGACCAGUCCAUUUUGAACAUUACGAUCUUUAACAUGGCCGAAAAAUCUGUGUGAACGUAUUUGACUUUCUCAGUAAACACAACAGAGUAACAUUUCCAGAGCCAUUAGGUGUGAGAGAAUUAAAAGCAAUGCUUUUUCAAAAUGACUCAGUCUUGGUGAGGGUUGUUGACCUCUGGGUGACAGUUGUUGACCUCUGAGUUUAACAGGUUCAAUCCGUUUGGUCAAGUGCGCUUCACAGGGACCUAGAAUUCCAUUCGGACCCAGCUGGGACCACUUCCUCCAGUGCUCUGUGCUGUUUUAUACAAGACAUGUUCAUGGAGAAUGUCCAGCAUUGAUGUCACUGAUAGAUCUGUGAUACUGCACAUCAGGUUUACAAUUUUUUGUGCAUUUCUCUACGCUUAAUAUAACAGACUAAUGAAUUAUUUACAUUUCCAUUGUUCAGUGAAUAUUUUUUACAUCUCAAGUAAAGAAAAAAAUUAUUACAACCCGUCUUUAUUAGAUGAUCAGACACUAGUGCAUUCAUCAUAAUGCUUCUGUUUCAAUAAAUCUAUUAAUUUUAGAAAGAAAAGAAUGUAAAUCAUAGGGGGAAAUAUAUAUUAUAUAAAACUGUCUAAUAUUAAUAUUCUCAUAUAUAUGAGAAUUAUUGUUAUUUAUGUGAGCCGAAGUCCAAUUAAAAGUCUUAUCCUGAA